CUGCACUGUCAUUAUACCCACCCUCUCUCUCUCUCUGAAAACCUUUUACACACGUCGUCAUGCUUCAUCCCACAAUGGCACAGUAACACAGCGUCCCGUGAGAGACGCAGGCACCCCCCGCUACUUCUCAGGCCAGCCAUCCAAUAUAGAUAAGGAGCCACACAUUAAUACACGAGCAUCUAAUGGUAGAGGCGCGAGGGUGAGGAAAGGCUGCCACAACAGUUACAGUUUCGAGUUAACUAUCGCCAGACACAGUGCCGUUUUGACUACAAACUGAGAUGUCAAUGUUGCAGACAGGUGGUGAUGAUGGUGGUGGUGGCGUGGGCAAGAGUGAGUUACAAAGACGUGCAGAUGAUUCAUUACAAGGCCUACAACGAAAUCACACCAGAGUACGGCAAUGCAAUCAAGUCACUGGAAGCCCUUACCAAGACGAAAGGCAUUGAAAAGUACCUCGGAAACUCCAUAAGUAUCGCCGAGUGUCAUAAAUGGCAGUGUGAUAAACCCCUGGAGCCCGUCAUUGACUUCACAGAAUGUUUCCAGUACCUUGCAUACGUUCCCUGCCGCAAUGAAUCCACUGAGGAACACCUUGUGGACUGGUGUGCAGUGGGCUACAAGCAUAGAGGGUCCUGUGAAUGUGUUGAAAUGAAUCACACACAAACGAAAAAUAAAGUCACAUGGACGAUUCACAGAGAGGACGUCCCACCUUGCAAUGACACAAUACCGCCAUACAACGCUACCAGCUCUAAUAAAAACAACAAUUCAAGUUUCGACGAGGAAUCGGAUGUGAUAGAACUCCGCAGCAGUAUAUACAAAAAAAGCAUCUUCAUCAAAGUGUGCAGGACGCGAGAAUGCAAGACAAACCACAUCCUUGCCAUCGGAUCGACCACUCCCAGGAGAGCCAACUUGGGUGGUAUUACAGUACAGUGGAAUGACGAGACCUGCCAGUGUAGUGAACAGAAGGUUGUUGCGAGGGAUCUGGAAACGUUUCUAGUACAUCUCACACUCUGCAAUGGUGAGAACAUCAAUGUCCACUUGAAAAAUGUCACACACAACCUCGAUAAGGAACUGGACAAUUGCAAUGGGAUACAGAAAAUGAAUAGGCCUACACACACAGCAAAAAUGGGUGAAAAGGUGAAUGGUACGACAGAACGCUCGUCAAUCACAAGCCAAACACACACACACACCAACACAACAAGCCAGAAACGGACAACACCAACGACACAUGAAACAUCGCCAACUGUUGCAGAUGUGAUGAGAAUGUUAUACGAAUCAUCAUCAUCACCACCAGCAGCGUCAUCUAGUGGACUCCUGCACCUCCUUCUCAUCACCACCACCUUCACCAUCUUGAUGUAUUUCACCGUGUCUGCCUCUGUGACUUGAAAACAAACCCAAAAAUGCAGACUUUUUCUUUUGUGAUUUGUUUGUUAUUGUAAGUUAUAUUGAUUACUUGCUCAAGAUAUGACAACUACUACUACUACUACUACUACUACUACUACAGGUUGGCCCUCCCAAAUACGGAAUUCUGUAAUCCGGCAAAUCCUAUGACCAGGCAUAAUUUGAAUUUGUAAGAACAAUUUAAAUUUCCCAGAAUAAAGUAAGUUUGCUGGAAUGCCGGUAGGACGUGGCGGUGCAAGUGUUUUUGUGUACUUUUCUGUAUGUUUAUUGACUUGUCCAGCAACACACGUCAUACAUCAUACUAAAACAAUGCUAGUUAUAACACAGACUAAGACUAUGCAGGCUGUUUUACACUGCUUUACUUAAUCCAUUCAGUACCAUGAUGUGUUUCCAUAUUCAUUCUGGUGACUAUUUGGUGACUUUACACAGCUUCACAAACUUAUGUGAGGAUUAAGAUAGUGAAGACUGUGACCAUUAAUCGUCUGACCUCCAUAGACCCUGCCUAAUGUCAAUGAAACGGUCUAAUCAUACACAAAUCUAAUGGUAGAAAUGUGUCCCAGUACUGAAGGGGUUAAGGACCACCUCAGCUCAGAAAUUUUCCAUCAUCAGGCAAGCCUCAGAUUCGGCAUUGUCUGAUUUGGGAGGUUCAAGUCUGGUACCAGGAGUAUUGGAAAUGUUGCGCCGCCAGUCCCCGCCACUGACCACCAACACAGCACGACCCUCAGUGAACAACACACCAACACAAGGUUCCCGCCAUCACACUGUCUGCAUUUACCAGGCUAGAAAUCUGAUUUUUGGAAUGAUGUUUAUCGCGGUUGUCAUAUUGUGUCUCACGUCACGGAAUAAGGCGUGACUGCUUCAAGUUAAGUUCUAUUAAGAUAUUGAGCCGCAUAGACAUGUUAGAGUGAAAUGAAGCGUCUUGGAAGUGGCUGCCGCGGCCCUGUUGUCAGAUGAAAUUACGGUGAAGGAAAAAACACCGAUAAAAAAUAUGUAGGGGAGCAGCGACCCCUUGAAAUGUUGAAUGUAUAAGUGACUGAUUUAAAUAACAUGUGGGGGAGCAGCGACCCCUUAAAAUGUUGAAUAUAAUGGAACACUUUGAAAAACAGCAAAAAGUGAUUGAUUUAAAUAACAUGUAGGGGAGCAGCGACCCCUUAAAAUGUUUAAUAUAUUGGAACACUUUGAAAAACAGCAAAAAAGUGACUGCAUUAUGUAUAUUAGCAUGAAAGUAAAUGGAGUGGUGAAGAGUCUUGAAGUGGCCGCCGCGAUACUCCUGUUCAUUACUGUGACCAAAUAAACGACAAUGGUUUCUUUGUUUUAUAAGCUCCAGAGAGAGAGAGAGAGAGAGAGAGAGAGAGAGAGAGAGAGAGAGGGAUUCAAGUUCCAUACAAGUUAGAGAUAAGAAAUGAUAAAAUGAUGUGUCAGAGAGAGAGAGAGAGAGAGAGAGAGAGAGAGAGAGAGAGAGAGAGUGAGAGAGUGAAUUUUAUAUGGACAAAAAUAAAGUUUUUGUAGAAUUA